UCGAAUAACCAUGCCAUUACAUGCGAUGGUGUGUGAUUUCAAAAAGAUAAAACGACAAUUUUACAGUGGUUGAUUAUAUAGGUAGAUAGUUGCAGUCGAUAAUAACAAAAAGGAAAUUAAAUAUAUUGCAUGCGUAUUUCAAUGAGUAAUUUGUAAUUCUUCUCAACAAAAUGGAAGAUUGUGCCAACAACGAUAACCGGAAGACCAUCCCGUUGAUGGAAGACGGAUGUGUACUUACUCUUAACACUACUGUCGUCACCGGACUGCAGCAGAUCCCUGGGAUAAUAUACGAUGUUGAUUAUAAUAAUGAGCUGCCACCUGAGCUACCAAUCAGAUCCACUCCCACAAUGAAACCCGAUUCAACGGAACACAAAGAUUCGACAAAUAAAGGCAAGCCACAUGACGAUCUACCAAAUAAGGAUCUGAUACAGUCAGAUUUGAAACUUAAACCAAAUAUGGAAAACAAACACGCGCAUGCUAAGAAACUUUCAAACCCACUUGCAGUGAGGUCGCCUCUGGCGCUAGCUGUAGAUUUCAGCGAUGAGAAAAUUCCGGCACUUCCUGCUCGCAGGCGUCUGUCGCAGCCGACCAUUAUACCUUUUGGUAAACAAGCGGCGGAAGCGUAUGUCAACACGUCAGUUGGCCAGGUAGCAGUUCGUCCUUUCACGUGGAAGAGCGCGGAUCCGACCGAAAAUGACGUCAAUGUUAACACCAAUGCCUACGAAUCCGUUGGAACAGAAAAAUACGUGUUGUCGGUGGCCCAUGGUGACAUUAAAUCUGUCGCGAAUGGAAAAACAAACGAAAGCAGAAUAAUUUCUAAUGAUGAUGGUGACAUAGAUAAAGAUCAGAAUAUAAAAUCCGCCAAUAUCGAGAGAGUAAACGACAUGACAAUAAAUGAAAUUGGCGACAUUUUAAGGCUUUUAAAGCUUGAAGAAUACGUAGAAAUUUUCAAAGAAAAUCACGUGGACGGAGCCAUCUUGACAAGUCUCGAACGUGAUGAUUUGGUGAAUGAGUUGGGGAUGAAGAAACUUCCGGCGACGAGACUUUUUAUGUACAUAACUGCAAGCCACAUCCCAAAGUGAUGCCAUAGAUGACCCUCUCGAGAAUGCGUUGUUCAUGUUGUGAACUGCAAAUGAAUUGAGUGAUUUGCUUUUAUUUCUUUGGCUACGGGUAAUGUUGAUAUCGGAAUUAAAUUGUAGCAUUAACUAUUGCACAUAAGUAUGUAUAUGUUUAAACAAUGAUUGCAGCAAAUGGCAUAUUUUUUUCCAGAAGAUUCACACCAAUAAGUUUAGCUUUAAAUCACGUUUCCAUCGGCGAAUAUCGUUUGAACUUGAUUGGAUUGGAUACAUUUGUAGACCACGAACUGAUAUUUCACUACGACUUGUGUUACGUUGUUAACGAACUUCUACGGGAAGUAAAUAUCGAUUUUCAUUUGGUUGAUGGGGUGCUUUGAUUUGUGUAAUGUAAUCCGCAACUUUGUCUUAGUAUAUAACUAGUAUUUACGUGUUUAACUAUAGAUUCCACACAAUCACAAUUGCUUUGGUGUCUUCAACUUAUAUUUAUUGCUUAAAUCAAGAGUAUUUGCGCCAUCGGCUAUUAACACGGUUCCAUUCCGGGAAUAAUGGCACGUUUUAGUCUUAUUUAGAUAGGCUUAUUAAAUCUAGUCACGCGUUUGAUAACUUCGAAUCUCGGAUACGUAGGUUAAGUUCACGUAUGCUUUUGAUUUUAUUAAGUACCCUGACGAGCCUUCACCAUUAUUAUACAUGUUUAUUCCAUGUAUCCAACGUAGCUCUUGUUAUUUGUUUAUUUUCCUUGAUGAAGCGGUACCUAUAGCAGUAUAUUAUUAAAUGAUAACACACCGUUAAGUAUUUGCAAAAUAACAAACAAUUAUCUGACCUAAUAAUAAACGAAAUCCAUUGAGGGACACACGGCAUGCGUUGCUACCAAUAAUAUGUAUAUUAAUUAGUGUUCAUUCUGAUUAAUUUUGAAUAUAUGUUAUUGUAUGAGAUUUGCAAUUACAAUGUUAAUAACUGUAAAACCGAAUUAUGCACGCUUUCAAUGUAUUUUCAUGUUUGCCAUAUCGAUUGUUUGAUUGGGUAAGCUUGCUGUUUGAUUACCGCGUUACGGUAGACUUAUGCUAACAUGCUUCGUUUAAUUCCUUUGGUUUGAAGUCUGCUGCGUUGUUUCAUACCAAGAUUUUGCAAAUCGGUUGAACAUGGAUGGGUAAGAGAGCUUCGGAAAUUGGCUUGUAUGCCGAAAUCAGCAUUUCAAUGGUCGAAGUCAAAUACCUCUAUAUAUAUAGAUAGAUACAAAAUUAUUUCGACUAUCUUUUUUGUUUUCAUAAUUGGUAUAAAAAUUGACAAUUUUGAUGGUAUUGGGAGGGGUAGCAGCAUGGGGAGAGAGGCAGCAGUAUGAGGAGGGAGGGGGGGGGGGGGGUAGCAACAAAUACCGAGUGCCUGUGAAUCCAUUAAUAUAUAUGCUAAUUAUCUAUAUGUUUUCCUUUAGACUAUUUGAAACGUUUAUCUUAUACAAACUACAAUUAUUAUUUAUUAGUCACUUGUGUAAUGUGUCCAGUACUUCCAGUGAUAGCCAUUUUUGAGAUAUAAGUGUAAUAGUGUAAUUAUGUAUGAUGUUUAUGAACAUAUUAAAUUUUAAUUGUCAGUUUAGUGAAAAAGAUGAUUUUAAGAAAAAUAAACAGGUAAUAAUUCAUAUCUAAAAAUUGUCAUGUGUCUGACAUGUUGCGGAUUUAUUUGUUGAUGGAAAGAAUUGUGUAGCUGCUUAAUUUACGACUUUAAAAAGAAAAUCAUAUAUAUAUAUAUAUAUAUAUAUAUAUA